AUGGCUUUGCAAUACCAACAUCAGCAGCAGAAGAAGAAGAAGAAGCACAUGCCCAUGACCUCGUCGCGCUCCCAAGCGUGCGUCUUCAUGCUCAACCUGAGCGCCGCGGACUUCCUCGCGUCGAUCUGCGCGACUCCGUGGGCCCUCUACGUGAUCCACGGCUACGACUGGCGGCUGGGCGAGUUGGCAUGCGGCCUGUCGCUGUCCCUGUUCAGCGCCAGCGUGUACGGCUCCACGUUAUUCGUGCUUUUAAUCUGCGUGGAGCGCUACCUGGCCACCGCGCACCCUCUGGACUUCGCGUCCCUCCGCUCGCGGCGAACAUCCCUCGUGAGCUCGUUCCUCGGCUGGGUGCUCGUGUCGCUCCUCGUGGCCCACAACUUUUCCAACAUCGUCCACCGCGGGCCCGAUCCGGGCCGAGAAGGCGCCUCCUAUUGCGGCCUCUCGUUGACCACGGACUUCUCGACGGCGAGGUCCUCCGUGGCGUUCUUCCUCUCGUUCGGCGCGACCACGGUGGCGCCGUUGGCCGUCAUCAUCCCGUGCUACGCGCGCGUGGUCGGCGUGGUGCUGCGCUCCGAACGCAUGCGGCGCGACCGACGCGGCCGCGCGCGUGCCCUGCGCUUGGUGACCGCCGUGGUCACCACGUUCCUGCUCACGUUCGUGCCCUUGCAGAUGUUCAUGCUGGGCAUGUACGUGGUCGCCUGGACGCGGCUGUCGUGCGCCGACCCGUGCCAAGCCGCGCGCGCCGUCAACGCCAUCAACGAGACCGUGAUGGUGCUGUCGGUGAUGAACGCUUGCACGGACCCGUUUGUCUACUUCAUGAAUGAGACGGAUCUUGCGGCCGUCUGGCUUCGAGGCGGUCGUGGCCCCAGUCUCCGUCGCCGCAGUGUUCGAAAUGAAGACGGUCGCUGGGAAAAAGUGGAAGGAAAGUGUUCAUUUGGGCUCCGUCGCAAGCACGUGGCUCACAGCAAGAAUGGCGAGGAGAAGGAGCGGUGGGUGAGAACGAAUCGUCCGACCUGCGACUGUUGGAGCGAGUAG